GUUGUCGAAAAUCACCAGAAGUUACUGGGCUCAUAUAAUCGGCAAAUAACCGAAGUCGCCAGAGAGAGAGAGAGAGGGAGAUAGCGCGACUCGAGGAGAUCGCGAUUUUCGCGGGCCGCGAAUUUCCCGCGAGCCCGUGCCCUUUCGCGGCAACGUGGACCAUAUGGUUGCUCUUCCGCACCUUCCGCCUCUCCUCUAUCUCUCUCCAACGUCCGAUUACGUUCCCCGUUUCGAGUGCAAAAAGUACGACACAGUGCAGCCGCCGAGGGACACAGCCUUCAUAUGUCCGAGCGUGUCGACUUCUCGUUAUGUCAAAACGAAAACGAUGUAAUAAAGAGAAACACAUUUUUCCGCACCUCCUAGUUAGUGGUGGGUGAAAGAGGACGGUGCCGCGGUAGCAGCGUGGAAGAGCGUGACCGGCCAGCCCGAUUCGUUCCCAGGUCGGCCCAAGUCAGUCCGCCGCGACGAACAUGGACGCCGUGGAGAUAAAUACGUCGGGUCCGCCGCAGGGCGAGGACGCGGUCGCGUCCGACAUCAAGAUAUGCCGCGUCUGCCUGCUGGGCAACCUGAUGAUGCGCGACCUCUUCGCGGAGAGCGAGGUCGCGUCCCUGUCGGCGAAGGCGAUGAGCUUCGCCAACGUUAAGAUGUUACCAGGCGACGGUCUACCGGGGCAGGUGUGCUGCAUGUGCGCCGACAAGCUGGAGUCGGCGUACGAAUUUAAGUUGCAAGUGGAGCAAGCCGACAAUGUCCUCCGAGAGAAGCUCGUCGGUGGAAUAAUAAAGGAGGAAUUGUUUCUUAAUGAAGUCGAGAUACACCUGGACGCCGACAGAAGCGACGGGAUAGACGAGAUUAGUGUCAACGCCGAUUACGAAUCCGCGGCGACGGUGUUGCCGGUGGAGUCGGCAGCUGACAAGAACUUUCUGAAGGGUCAGUUGCUGCUUUUCGAAACUGAAAAGCUGACGGAGACAGACGGGAUGCAACAAGAUUCAGAGCACGAUAACACACAGGAAAUGACGCAGGAAAGCAUCAUGGAAAAACUACAGCAAGAAUUGGAAGGCGCGACAGACACAGAUAUGUCGGACACCAUCGAUGAGUCUAGGGAUGAGGAACCUCCCAACGACGAGAGUGUCAUUCGAAGUUGCACAGAGGCGAUUCCAACGGAGGAACACGAUUACAUUAUGCAGCAACAAUGUAUAUUGCCGGCUGAGCAGCUUUCCUUGCAGGAGGAAAUGCAGGAAAAUGUACCGGACACAUUCAAACAAGAUACAAUUGAGUGCCAAGAGACACUGUCCGAACAAAACCAAGAGAUUCAGGCUGAACAAGAUCAAGAUGCUGAGCAACACCAAGAGAAUAAUGUUACGAUGAAGCAAGACGUUCAGGCCGUUUGGGAGAAUCAAGUUGAACAGAGUCAAAGUGACACGGAGCUAUUGUGCCAGGAAGAGGCACUUAAAGCUGACGCUAAUGAGUCAGUAGCGGAACAGGAAUCGUCCCAGAAUGAAACUAGAAGGAGCAAACGUAGAUUGGCUCGUCGAGUGUUCGCCGAGCGAGAUUCCGACGAGGAGAAUUAUUUCGAAAAUCUGAAUCUCAGUUCUCGACUGAAAAAAGCGCAGGCGGAUAAGACGGAGAAGAUCUUUUUCAUGUGUUACUUAUGUGAUAAGCAAUUCCUUUCGAAGAACGUCCUGAAAGAGCAUAUGCAUUCCCAUGAAGAAGUGAGGAAAACGCUAUCUCUGAAGAAAACGCCGGAGAAGCCGCAGAAGGUGCAGACCAGCGUUUCCGUCACGAAGACGCCGCCAUCCGGGAAGAAAGCUAACAAGUGCCCUUAUUGUGGUAAAGAGUAUCUGUACAUAAUCUCGUUUACUAAACACAUUAAGCAACACGAGCGAGAGCGGGAGGAAGGAAAGGAGGAUCCGAUGCCGCUCGAAAUAUCGUUCCACGAGGAUGAGCACAGUCUAGACUUCGAUAACGGCAACAAGUCGGACGGCGAGUGUAAGAAGCGAAAGAGGGGAAGUGCAGCCGACGACGUUGCGAGCGACAGCGAUCAGGAUAAGAGGAGAAAGCGUAGUCACGUUGAAGAAUUCACGUGUGACAAAUGUCCGGAAACAUUCGACACGAAGCGCAGCCUGCAAAAGCACUCGAUCACGCAUAUUAGCUUCAUAUGCAGCGUGUGCGAAAACAAGUACGACACCUUGGAACAACUGAGGAACCAUCGAACGAUGCACGUGGUCGAGGGCGUGCUGACCGAGCAGGACUUGGAAGAGGACAUGAAGCGGAUGGCGACCAAGAGCGAGAAGAACGAGACUGAGGACAACAGGAACGUCGAGAAUGAGGGGGACGACGGCAAACCCGCGGAAAGCACGAAGGAACUGAAAUGCCCGACGUGUUCGAUGACGUUCGCGCGCAAGAAGGCGCUCUCCAGACACAUAGAGACGAUGCACUCCAGCGCCCGCUCUUACGAGUGCAAGAUAUGUUGUCAACAAUUCACACGGAAGGAUCUCCUGCGCAGACAUGCCGAGCAGCACGCACGGGUCAAGACCUACAAGUGUACCCAGUGCAAUAAGACCUUCAGUAACGAGCUCACGCUGAGAAAUCACCUGGUUGCCACGAAUCACAAGACGUUCGUACACGGGCAGGAGUACGAUCCAAACAAGCGUAUAAAGCGCGUGGCGGCGAGAGCGGCGCAGAAGAUUAUCGAUAAGAUCAAGACGGAGGACGGUCUUGAGGAUUACGACGACGAUAACGACGACAAUACCGAUUACGACGCCAAGUUGGACGGGCAUUAUCGCCGUAAGCGCGACGUUACACCAAAGAAGUACAGUUAUAAGAAAGAAUUCGAGUGCGCGACCUGUAACAAGAGGUACAGCUCGAAGCAAGCGUUGACGAAGCACAUGGAGCAGCAUGUCAAGGAGGAGAAAGCGGAGAAGGCGGCGGAGAAGCUGAAGAAGGCCGCUUUGGAGAAGAAGGAGACGCAGAAGGCGAGCAACGUGGAGGAUAACGAUUACGACGAUAACGACUCCGACUUCGAGAGCGGCCUCGACUGGCCGAUGGACAGCCACGAGUGCGUCACGUGCAAGAAACGAUACAGUACGAAGAAGUCGCUGCUGCGCCACCAGCUGCUGCACGAGGAGCCCAACUUCGAGUGCGAUAUCUGCAACGUCAAGUUCUACCGCAAGGACAAGCUGAAGGCGCACUACGACAAGUGUUCGGAGAAGAAUCCCGACCAGGUGAGGAAGUGCAACAUCUGCGGCGACAGUUUCGAGAACAAUGAGAUCCUCCGCGAGCACAGGGCCAAGCACGUCACCGAGGGUAUCUUAACGGAGGAGGAUCUGCGGGACAUCGAGCCGAAAUCCGAAGAAAAGAAACCGGGCGAGAAGAUCGGCCGGAAGAGGAGGACCGACAUCGUGGGGCUCGAGUGUACCGAAUGCAACAAGCGGUAUACCUCCAGGAAGGGUCUACUGCGGCACAUUCAGGUGCACGAGGGCAAGAAGUACCUGUGCGACAUAUGCCCGAAGAAGUUCUACCGGCGGGAGCACCUCAAGAUCCACGUGGCCAAGCACAACAUGGUCAAGCCGUACAAAUGCACCCGCUGUACCAAGCGCUUCAUCAAGGAGGAGCAGCUCAACAAUCAUUUGCCUAAGCACGAUCGCACGUUCAAGAAAAGUAAAGAGACCGACAGCUCCAAGAGAUUCCUCUGCGAGAUCUGCAGCAAGAGCUUCACGCAGUCGACGACGCUGAUAGCGCAUCUGCGCGCCCACAACGGCAUCAAGCCGUUCGUGUGCGAGGUAUGCUCCCGGCCGUUCACCACCAACGCCUACUUGAAGAUGCAUAUGCGCACGCACACGCAGGAACGCCCGUACAUCUGCCAGUACUGCUCGCGAGCGUUCGCACGUGCCGACACCCUUGCGAAUCAUCUGACGUCGCACACCGGCGAAGCCAAGUAUCACUGCAAGUGCUGUCCGAAGAACUUCCGACGAUUGAAGUCGCUCAAGGAGCACAUGUUCAUUCAUACGGGGCAACGGCCUUACGAGUGUCCGACCUGCGACAGGAAGUUCAACAACAAUGGUAGCCGCUAUGCGCACAGCAAGCGCUGCAAGCAGAAUCUUUUGCAGAAUCAGAACCGGGCGCAGCAGAUGAUCCAGCAGACGCAACAGCAGCAGCAGCAGCAGCAACAGCAUCAACCGCAGCCACAACCGCAGCAGGUGCAGAUACAGGUGCAGCAGCAGCCGCAUCCGGUCAGGCUGCAUCACGCCACGAUCGGCCAGGCGCAAGUAGUCAAGGCGCAGAACAUCAAAACGAUUGCUAUAACGAGACCGGCCGAACCUGGCACGACGCAACAAGUUAUGCAGCAUCAGGAGAUAUUAAUGCCUCUAAUCCUACCGCUUACCGUCACUCUCGCCGAUGUAGGCGAGGAGGUGAUACUACCAGAGGGUACGAAGAUAUUCACGACGUCUUAAUCGAGCCGUUUAUUUGUUUCGUGCUCGAUCAUAAUCUAGAAAAGAAGAGACAUCCUAUUCACGACGGUGAAGCCGCAUAUUAACUUCUUGAUGUGAAUCGGAACAAGUACUCUCGACACCCCGUGACUGACGUUUUUAUGCCCACAACUCCAAUACGAACGGAAAAUAAGAAAAUAAUAACUUCGUGACGAGAUAGCUCAUGUUAUCGAGGGAUUUUCUUGUAUUGGACAAGUAAGGGUACGAUGCUCCACUAGGUGUAUGAUGAAAUGUAUGGAUCUAACAGAAAGAGUAUCAUUUUCAUUAUGUACGAAACGUUAUAUUGAAGUUUAUUUUUGCAACGGUGAAGGCAUUAAUAAGCGGUAUAUGUGUAAUUUAUCUUUUAAAUAUACAUACCUUUAUAUAAAAACGUGUAUUACCGAGAAUGAAUACUGUAAACAUUAUGAGAACGUGACGAAUUUAUGAAAAGACAGAAAGAGGCAAAUACCUUUGUCACGAAUGUGUGUUGCACUUGUAAUAUAGACAAAUUUUCCUUAAGGCAUGUUUAUGGAUAAGAGAAUAGGUUUUCAAUACUUAAAGCUUAAUGUUAGAUUUACUUUCACUUAGUUUGUUCUUCCAGAGAUCUUUCUUCGUUUUCUUUAAUCAGACACUUCCACUUUCAUGAAAAAAUUUAUUCGCAACCUGAGAGUUAUGAACCUAACGGCAUCAGUUUAGUUACAUUUUCAACGAUUUGUUGUAACGUGUAAUUGUAUCAUUACAUACAUAAUUAUAUAAUUGUAUAAUUAUAUGUAAUUAUAUAUGAUCAUGCAGUUACAAAUAUGAUACAAAAUGAUAAUAAAAUGAUAAUGUAAUUAUAAUACAAUAAUUAAUAUAAUUAUUAUACAUGAUGAUUAUAUCUAGAAGUCUAAUCCUAAACGAAUAAGACAUAAUCUGACGUCAUUUCGUUAUCUCUAAAACAGAAUUUGUUAAUUAUUUUUCUCUAUUUUUGUUUAAUUAAUAUUGUGCAUGUAUAUUAUUUUACGUUAUCAUUUAUUCUUGUAGAAAAUAUAUCCUAAAAGUCUCCAAUGUACUGUUUCCUGGAACUAAUUCGCAUGAAAUUUCAACUCUUAUUUAAAAUUAUGCAAUUUUUUAAUACGAAAAUAUUUCAAGUUUUAUUAAUAUAUUGCAAUGAAUUUAUUAGUUUUUUUUAAAUUAAAACCUGAAAUAAUGAAAAAAAUUGUAGAUUUUAUAAUAGAUAAGUUUCAUGCAAUGUGCUCUUACACAUAAUAUUAAAUCGUGUCUGCAUAACAAUUGUAAAAUUAGUAUGAAACUAAACCACAUGUAUAAAUAUGUCAUAUAAAUGUUGUUAUCAUAUAUAUGUGAGACAUGAUUCUUUAUUCUUAUUACUUACAAAGUUUUUGUUAUAAUAAAUAAAGUAUUUGUUCUAAUCU